AUGGAAAUUUCGCAAGAUUGUUUCCUCGCUCCUUACCGGGAAACAUCAACUGAUUACGGUUUACAGUUUGACUCGGCACUGAGUUCAAUGGCGUCUUCUCCCGCAGCAUCAAAUUCCCAUAUCUCGAGAUCGAUUUCUCCAUCACUGGAUAUGUCGGAGCUGACCAGUUUUCACGAGGGUUCCACCGUCUCCGUGCUGAUUCCAGAUGCUGAUCCUGGUUUGAUAGCUUCGAAUUCAAGGAAAAGGAAGGCGGUAACCGAAGCCAGAACGGAGGAAACUCCGGCAACCCAGAAAAGAUGCAUGUCUACAGAAAGCGACGAGAACAAUAUCAAGAAGCAUCCUGAAGCUCCAAAAGACUAUAUUCAUGUUAGAGCGAGAAGGGGAGAAGCCACUGACAGCAAUAGUUUAGCUGAAAGAAGAGAAAAUCAGUGUGAGAAUGAAGAUUCUGCAAAAUCUGGUCCCUGGUUGCAGUAA